AUGAGGAGCAGUCGCCGUGGUUCGACCGGCCGCCAACGCGGGGAAGUGAGCUCUGCUGGGCCCGCUUCUCCAGAGCACUCCGCCGCAACAGACCAAUCUCCUCGUCCAAGCUCCUCCGGUAGCGCUGCCUCUGACUCCUCACCUCUUCCUCCUCUUAACAUCCCGAAACGGCCCCUGUAUAAUCUCAGCCCCCAGCUCCCUAGCCCCGGAAGCUCUCGGUCGGCUUCAGCAAAUAUUCCCGGCGCCAAUGGCAGCAACACCUCUCUUCCGAAUUUUCUACGUUCGUCCUCUUCGUUGAUGCCGCAGAACGAGCCGGUGCAGAGAAGGCCCUCCCCAUUAGCAGCUGCAAACGAACCACAAAGACAUCGUCGUCAACACUCUCAAGGAUUCUUCGAGCCAAGUCUCCCCACCGCAUCCAUGUCGGAACGGACGACCACAACCAUGGCGCCCAUAUCCGCUUCGAGGAUCGCUGCCCAAACCGCGAUGCAGCACCAAACAACGUCCCAGCAGCUGCGUAAUCGAUCUUCGACCAUCCCUCCACAUCAGGAUACCAGUGCGGGCGCGGGUGCGGGUGCAAUUGCAGCUGCAAGUACACAAAAGGGUCCUUCUGACGGAGCAGGAUCCUUCCAAUAUCAUAGUGGAGCAUCAGGCGGGCGUGCUUUUGCAGCCACCACGGCAGCAAAUCUCGUGUUUCCUCGGGUUCAGCCAGCUGCACCCAGCCCAGCGCCAGCCCAGGAGAGUACCAGUGUGAAACCAAAAGCAGAGAAGUCAAAGAUGAAGUCGUUCCUGAAGCCCAAACAUAUCGGAAUUUCAAGAGACAAAGACAGUGACCGCCGUGAGAAGCCAACCGCCUCGCCGAGCAAGCUAGGCCCAAGUGGGCUGUCACGCAUGGUCAAUGUUUCCACACCAAGCCUAGUUGACCCUGUUCCUAUCAACAACUCCUCACUUUACAACUUCACCAACUCCUCUUCUGCCACUGUUGUUCCCACCGAGAAGCAGCCUUCCAUCGAGAAAGAAAAGGAAAAGGACAAAGAAAAGCAUAGGCACCACUUUCUGUCGCGUCCAAAGCUCAAGCUGAAGGACAAAGACGAUCACUUUCAUCUACCUCUCUCUUCGGCAAACAGUAACUCAAGACCUCUAGACCCCAGUGCCCCUCAGUCUCUAUACUCGUUUACACCAUCCUCACCCUCUGCGACGUCGUUCGGCAAAUCUGUCAGUGGCCUUGAUCUCCGUCACGGCGGUCGAGCUUUACGCGAAAAAAGGAAAAUGGAAGAGAAAGCCUCAGCGUCGCAGGAUGCCACCAGCACCGACCAGCCCGAUUUCUCUGGCAGUAUGGGAACUGGCGUUGCCGCGUGGUCCACGUUUAUUGGAACCGGCGUUCCUGGAGCGUCCAUCCAAAGUAAAGAAGCUGCAAUGCGAGAAGCCUUGGGCAGUUUCGGCAUCCCGAACUUGGCGUUUGAAGACGCGUGGGAUUUUCUCAAAGCAAAACUCCUCGUUCUUUUCGAAGGUGAAGAAGUUCGCAUUGCCAUUGAAGACCUCAACAAGCUCGUCUCCGUCCAUAUCCUACGAUCAUUCCAGCGUCGAGUGCCCAGUGUUCUCGUCGAAGACCUCCGCGAUCUCUUGCAAACUGGCUUUGCAUCCCUCAAUCAGACUCUCAGCUCCAUCCCGGAUGAAAAUCUUAUGCCCCAUCUCGUUCAAGUGUGGACCUAUACGUAUGGAACUAUCUAUCCAUUUAUUCAAGCUGUAUUCUUCCCACUCGACCUCGAAUUCAAAGGACGCGGAAAAAUAAUGGAAGCUCACGAAUCUAGAGAAUUCUGGGGCAUCAUUCCCGGGGGUGGAUCUGCUGGAGCCAAACUGAACGUGGGGGAUAUCAUUCUCAUUUCUUUCCGCGAUAAUAUCAUUCUAAACAGGUAUGAGGCCUUAAAAGCCAUGUUCUCUCGCCUCAGGCUCGAACGCGUCAACGCCAGUCUUGGUGUUCUGGGAACUUCUUCAAAUAGCGGUGCUAGUCGCCCUGGAACGGCUCCAAAUUUUGAGGCAGGAAGCUACAACUCACAGUCCUCAACUACCUUGAAUAUCGCCGGCAGCCAGUCUUCAGAAUCGCACCUAACCAUGUCUCGUGCACGGGCCGAAUCCAACACGUCCUCCAACCCUGACCACCCGGUCUUCCAGUCCUCUCUCUUUGUAAACCCUGCAGACGGGUCGGACGUCAUCACAGAAAUCGUCGGCCGAAUCCUUCAGUGCAUUUGCAUUAUUGGCCGGGUUCAUACCGAUGACCAUGCACAAGAGCGAGUUGAAGAGCUCAGAAAGGCCCUUACGCACAACUGGCUUAGCCGGGGGCGUAAGGGGCGCGACCGCCGUGGAUUUGUGGGGACAAAGGUCCGUCCUGCUGCACCUAGCCGUCAGUACAGCGAGGACCAGGUUCGCAGGGGAUCUAAGGACAUCAUCGAGGGCUUUGGGAGGCCUACAAGCAAGGACUCCACAAGCCUCGAUGAAGAGGAUCCGCCAGUCGAGAAGAUGAAGAAUCUACGCAUGUAGGUUCGCCCCCGCUGUCGCUCCGGAAUGAUGUUUUUAUGAUGACACGACUUUUCUUUUUUUCCCCCAGUUGCCUCUAUUUUUAUGUACGAGUACGCUCUGUUUUCUUUCCAUUUUUUUUUCUUCUGUUUUUCCUUUUUUAAACGAGAGAUAGGUCGCGUGGUCGGGCAAGGAAUGUUGUAUCCUUCCCUUUCCCCCCCUUUUUUUUCGAACUGUAAGAGUACAUAUCACCAAGUCAAAGCAUAUCUAGUAUGGACGAAUGAUUAUCUCAAACAUAUUCCCCACCAAGCUGGCAUCAGUGAAGUACUAAUAAACAAGCAAUUUAAAGAACA